AUGAAUAUAGAUGAUUCAGGAUCGCACGUUAUUGCAACUGCAGACUUGGGACAGGAUUCUGUUAUCGUCGAGUGUCCCUUUCAACUUAUAAUCACCAAAGAAUCCGCAAAAAAGGCUGUCUUGAACAUUCUGCACGGAGACGUCCCUAACAUUGCUUACGAAACUUGGACGGAACGACAGUGGAUAUGUACUUAUAUUGCACUUCAUUGGAUCUUGGGUUCAUCAGAGAAGAGAUUACUUCAUUUUGAAUAUCUAAACACGCUCCCUACUCCCGGCCAAUUGAAAACGCCACUUCAUUUUUCUCCAUCAGAACUAGACCUUUUUAAAGGAACAAAUCUGUAUAGUGCAACUCUGGAUCGCCAACGCGAAUGGAACGAAGAAUGGAGUAGUUGUCGCUCCAUUGUCAGCCAAGCUAACGCAGAAACUGGAGCAUGCUUUGAAUGGGAACUGUAUCUCAGAGCCGCAACGUACCUAUCCUCCAGAGCUUUCCCCUCGUCUUUACUCGCCGAGACGCCUUCACUCGUGAGCACUCCGUUCACUGGACCUAUUCUUAUACCUGGCGUGGACGCAUUAAACCACAAACGCGGAGAACCAGUAUCCUGGCUUGUCAAUCAUACAUCGGAUAGCACUACCCAAUCCAAGAUAUCACUUGUACUUCACUCAUCCGCAGUCAGUGGUCAGGAAUUGUUCAACAACUACGGACCGAAGCCGAACUCAGAGCUUAUCUUGGGAUACGGCUUCUCCACUCCUCGCAAUCCGGACGAUACCAUGGUAUUGAAGAUUGGUGGAAUUGGCGGACAGAAAUGGGAAAUUGGUCGCUCUGGAGAACGCGUUGACGGCUUGUGGACAGAAAUUCUCAACACUAUUGUUGAGGCUGAGGAUAACAAGCCAACCUACGAAGAUAUAUUGGAUGCGUCGGGUAUGUUGCAAGAAAUGGUACAAACUCUGAUAGAGCGGCUGCCAGAAGACCGCAUUCCGGAAGAUAGUGAAGUCCGCCCGGAGGUUGCUACAAUGUUCCUUGAUUACCUGGAAGGUCAGCGGGACAUCUUACGAUCCCUUAUGACGUUUGCAACACAACGAGAACAUGACGCAGUUGAGAUAGCACGUCAGCAAGGCAUUGACCUAGUAUUGGAAGAUUAA